AUGAGCCUAUUCUUUUGCUUGCCACGCGAACUUCGAGAUCAGAUCUACGAAUACGCCCUGGACACAGCCCCGAAGACAUUUAAAUACGAUGGGUUGACCCUCCUCGCCACGGCGGGCUUCCCUAACACCGCAGAAGUCGACACAAAUGGUCUCUCUCCAUGGAUCCGGACCAACAAACAAAUGUGUGCUGAAGCGAUCGAAGUCUUCGGCCGGUUACGGACUUUCAUGGCAAUAGAGUACGAGGGGCGGAAUCUUCGAUUCGACCAUUGGCCACGCCGCCAGAGGGCUAUUCUGAACCCGCUCGUCAUCAACCAGAUUGUUAUCAAGAACAUCACGGUAGCACGGGGGUUCUCUCAGUUGCCAGGGGGCUCACGAGCCACAGGAGUACUCCUACGCCUUCUGAGGAGCUGGCAAUCCAAUGACCUGUGUUUGGAGACUAAGUGGAUGAGGCAACCUCUAGACCCUGGUUGGAAAAAUAACGGUGAAUCUGACGUGUUUGAAGAAUGGAAUAGUUUCUGGAAUGGCCGGUUCCGGAGCGUCAAGAUCUACAUUCAUUACGUUACGAGCACUCGAAACGCCGCGAAGCAGAAGAUGUUGGAGUUGGCGGAAGCGUGCGCAAGGAGGCUUGUUGGUGGAGAUCAAGGGGCUGUGAAGAAGCAUCUGGGUACAUACGACCAGUCUGAGAUUCAGUAUCAGAAGCAGUGUGUGACGGUCGAGCGUAAAAUCUGA